AUGCUUUUACAAUCAGGGUCAUCCUUGGACGCUCCAACAUUAAAUGAAUUAAACGGAUUAUGUAAGCCUGUAAAAUAUUUUAAAUCAUCUAAAAAUUUUAAAAAUAAUAAUAUUUAUGGUGUUUUACCAUUUAUAGCACCUGAAGUUUUAAGAGGUCAACCUUAUACUUUAUCUAGUGAUAUAUUUAGCUUUUCAAUGAUUAUGUGGGAAUUUAUAUCUGGAAUUCUUCCAUUUAAUAAUGAAGCUUAUAAUUUUCAAUUGAGUUUAGAUAUUAAUAAAGGUAAACGUCCAGAAAUUAUUGAAGAUACUCCACAAUGUUAUAUAAAUUUAAUGAAAAGAUGUUGGGAUAUGAAUUCAUUAAAAAGACCGACUGCAUUAGAAAUUUUUAUUCAUGAUGGUGAUGCCAAAAUCACGGAUUUCGGCAUUUCAAAAAAUAUGAAUACACAAAAUUCUACUAUUCAUUAUGAAACUUUUGGUAGGAUUCCAUACGUAGAUCCCGAAAAACUAAAAGAUUUAAAUUUUCAAUAUGAAAAGGCUUCAGAUAUUUACAGUUAUGGUGUAUUGAUGUGGGAAAUAUCUAGCGGGUUUUCACCAUUUAAAAAUUUAACUAGUCAAAAUGAUCAAGCCUUACUUCGUAUUAGAAUUAGUGGUGGACAUCAUGAAGUAGAAAUGAGUGAAUCGGAUAAUGAACCUGAAAAUGAUUUGCCAUUAGAUGAUUUAUAA